UUAAUCAUAGCUCUUUCGUUUGAGUCAUGACUAUGAAAAGAUCCUUCAUAGCGAGCGCUUCUUCCCUCCCCCGAAUAGAGCCCUACGCUACACGAAUCUUAAUUAGUCUAGCUUCAAUGUGGUUACUGAACACCGAACUCAUUAUGUGAUAAAUACAUUAUACAUUCUAGUGUUUGAAACUGUAUCUAAGAUUUACUAUUCUUCAAUUGCAAUUUACAAGAAAAUGAUCAAAAUGGUCCUCAAUGUAUUGACUAAGUACAUUUUGGUCCUUCAAAAGUAUAAACAUGACACUUCCUCUUCAAAAGAGUAGAAAAGUCAUCAUUUGCCAGGCAACUUAGGCCAGACAACGUUUGAAUCUUUCUCCAAUUCCAGCGUUGUCUAUCCUAUUGUCUCCUCAAGAAUCUUCAAAGAAACCCCAUUUCCCAAAUACCCAAAUCAUCAAUUUCAAUUUUUUCCCCUUUUUUCUUGUUCUUGUUGUUGUUUGCAAAUUCAAUGGGUACGCCAGCAUUCCCAAAUCUUGGGAAGCAUUGUUCUGUUGAGGAUUGUAGGCAGAUUGAUUUCUUGCCUUUUACCUGUGAUUGCUGUCACAAGGUGUAUUGUUUAGAUCAUCGAAGCUAUAUUAGACAUCAGUGUCCAACGGCUAACAAGAAUAAUGUCACAGUGGUCAUUUGCCCGCUCUGUGCAAAAGGGGUACGCCUUAAUCCUAAUGAAGACCCAAAUAUAACUUGGGAAUCGCAUGUGAACACUGAGUGUGAUCCAUCGAACUAUGAGAAAGCCACAAAGAAAAAAAAAUGUCCUGUGCCUCGCUGCAAAGAGCUCUUGACUUUCUCCAACACAAUCAAAUGUCGGGAUUGUACUGUCGAUCAUUGCUUGAAGCACCGGUUUGGACCUGAUCACAGCUGCCCCGGACCUAAGAAACCAGAAACUACUUUCCAGUUCAUGAACUUCCUGAAUGGAAGUAAAGAAGAGUCAAAGAAAGCUCACCACACGUCGACCUCAAGAUGGACCACGAGCCUAUUCAAGGCAGUAUCAUCUGUAAAGGAAAAGUUCAACAGUGAAUUUAAUCAAACACAGCAGACAGGGCAAAGCAGCCGCGCCACCAACCACAACGUUACUAACAACAGCAGUCAAGUAGAGCCAUGCCCACAAUGUCAUGUAAGAUUUUCUACCGUCAGAGCUCUCAUCGACCACGUGCAGAAAGUCCACGAGAAGAAUGGUGUUAUGAACUUGACAGUCGAUGUCUGUCCGAGAUGUAGUAAAGGUUUUCGAGAUCCUGUUGCCCUUGUGGAACAUGUUGAAAGGGAACAUAAAGGAACUUCUAUGUAAAGAAGCAAAUAACAACAACAUACCGGUAGGAUGUACACACACCUUACUCCUAUCUUUGCGGGAUAGGGAGGCUGUUUCCAAUUUUUUCAACGUUAAGAAGCAAAAGUACAUAAUACUUUUUUCUUGUAAAUUCUGUUUCAGAAAAAAAGGUCUAUUUAUUCUUCCAAGAUUACAAAUGAUUUGAGGUUGGUUGAUGAUCAAUAUGAGUUGAACAAUAUAAUUUUCUUGUGAACAUGAGACUGAGUUUUUUCUCUGAAGUGGAUGG